GGUGUGUGCGAGUGAGUGGGAAAACAAACAGCAGACAACCAACAGUACUUCCUACAGCUGCGUACAACUCGAGUUUUUUCCCCCUCAUCUCGAGUCGCGUCUCUCACGCGCGUAGUGUUUACACUGAGUCCCGCUGAGCUCCGAGGACGCGUCCCAUCAUCACAGCGCUGCAGUUUACAUCCACACGCGGACCCACAUAGAUGGACCCGCAUCAUCUGAGGACUUCAGAGUGAUUUUACUGGUGUGCUUGUGUGUUUCCUUUUGUAAAAUGAGCGGAGGGGAAAUCAUCUGUCAGGGAUGGUUGAGAAAGUCGCCACCCGAGAAGAAGCUGCGGAGAUAUGCGUGGAAGAAGCGGUGGUUUAUCCUGCGUAGCGGGCGCAUGAGCGGAGACCCAGAUGUACUUGAGUACUACAAAAAUGACCAUGCCAAAAAGCCCAUUCGAAUCAUCGACCUGCACUGCUGCGAGCAGGUGGACGCCGGCCUCACCUUCAAACGCAAAGAGUUCCAGGACAGCUUUGUGUUCGACAUCAAGACAGCUGAGAGGACCUUCUACAUGGUGGCAGAAACGGAGGAGGAGAUGAACCGCUGGGUGCGCUCCAUCUGCCAGCUGUGUGGAUUCAACCAAUCAGAGGACAACCAUCACGAUGACAGAUCGUCAACCACCCACAUUUCCCGAUCCUUGGCUAAUGAUCUGGGUGGCUCUCUGGCCCCGCUGAUUGGUGAACGUAAAAUGUCUGUUCCUGCCCACUCCAGCCAGCCAAUGCUGUUCACAUUCGACAUACCUGUACGUCACUCCCAUAGUUCUCUGUCUAAUAGUGCUCCUCAGGACUACCUCUUCCUCCAUCAGUGCAUGAGCCGCAAGAGUGAGAGUGCACGGAGUGCCAGUUUCUCACAGGCCUCACGCAGCAGUCUUCUGGUGGGCAGUGACUCAGCAGUUCAGAGACUCACUCAUGGUUUCUCCCAUUGUCUGAACGGCAUGGGCGCCCAGCUUCACGGUUUCUACAGCCUUCCCAAACCCAGCAAGCAUCAGCAGCCCCCUUCAUGGACUGACUCGCGUGACGCUUGCUAUGUUCUGCCCAGAGGUUACAGCUCAGAAGAGGCGUCAGAGCUUGAAUCAGAUGAUGUCUACACCUUUAAAACCCCCAAUAACACUCUAGCAGCACCCCAAACCAUUGAGCAGCGGGCCCUUGAUAACUAUGAUUUACCCAGCAUCCCUGGCUCCGUCUACCAGAUCCCCCGCACGUUUGAUAAGAACCACAAUGCCCUGAUGCCAUCCAGUGCCGACUCCACCAAUCCGCCUCCUCCCAGACCUCCAAAACCCAGUCAAAAUGGAGAGGUGUCCGUCAUCCCCAGGAGGAACACACUGCCGGCGGUGGAGAACAUCAAGCUUCACAGAGGAUCAUCUUUUGAGACCAGCAGUCACCAAAGGCCAGUCUAUUUCAACAAUUCUGGUCAGUCAGUGGAGUCUGUAAAUGAUGGCUUCAGCUCAUACCUGAGAACUAAAGCCCCAUUGACCCGCUCCGAUAGUGCCGGCUCUGAGGAUAACUACGUACCCAUGAAUCCCGGCUCAUCCUCCUCCCCUCUCAGUGCCGCCCUGGCUGACAGUCCUAAAAGUAAUUAUAUUCCCAUGAGCCCAGGUCCUCACCAUUUUGAUUUCCCAGGAUUUUCAGCAACGUUGCCGGCCAGGAAGGGCAGUACAGCAUCACUAUGUCUCCGGCCCGGCCGACUCAGUGACGUCACGCCGCCACCAAUCAAUCGCAACCUUAAACCUAACCGGACGUCAAAACCAACACCUCUUGAUUUAAGGAACAAUGGAAUUAUUGAUGAACUUCCCUUCAAGAGCCCCAUCACCAUGUCUUGGAUCAGACCAACGCCUUUGAACUCCAUCUCGUUACAGACCUGUCGGCCCAUUUCAACCCAGAGCAUCACCAGCACUGAUUCUGCAGACAGUGAGGAGAAUUAUGUGGCAAUGCAAAACCCAGUGUCUACCUCCCCAGCGAUGAGUGGAACCAACAGUCCUGCGCCCAGGAAUUGUGGUAAUGUGGACUAUUUGGCCCUGGACUUUCAGCCUGGCUCCCCUGGUCCACACAGAAAGCCGUCCACCUCUUCAGUGACCUCAGAUGAAAAAGUGGACUAUGUCCAAGUGGACAAAGAGAAGACACAAGCCCUUCAAAACACCAUGCAGGAGUGGACAGAUGUGCGACAGUCAAGCGAACCGGCUAAAGGCAUCAAGUCCUGAUGAUUUUCUAAUCUUCACAUUGAAUGUGUUCCUCCCUGUCACUCAAAAUGCUCUUAUACUGUUACACCAUGAUAUAAACUGAUUUUCCUCUGACAAAAUAGCAAAUGAUACACCAACUAAAGCCAUAGAUCCAGUUUAUUUGGUCUUUUAAGGACAAAAAAACUCUACUAAACCUCCUAGACGGUCUUGCCAUGCAUGUUAGAAAUGUUUAACUUUAAAGUGCAGUGAAACCAAAAUUUAGCUACGUGCUCUCUCAGAGUGUGAGUGAAGAACCAUAAGCAGUGAAUAUUUAAAUCUAGUUAUAGGUGAUGUGUGCAAUUUUUUGCAAUGUUAAAAUACUUUCAUCACAUCUUAAAAUUCAGAGAAAGCUAGAAAUCUGUUUGAUUUCUUUAGUUUGAUUCACCCAGAAAAGUGCAAACACUGUGACUCUGUUGAAACAUAGCCAUUUGAUUUUGCAUCCUGAACAGCCUGACAAGGCAACACUGGCUCAACCAAUCCCAUUAGUUUAGGACAGGACUGUCUGACCAAUCGCAUACAUGGGGAUUGUUCAGGAAACCUGUUUGAAACUCAAAAAUCUUAUCUGUUUAGUGGCAAUAGUUGCACAGGAAUUACACACCUCACCUUUAACAGUAUUAUAAGGGCAGAACAUCACUUCAAACAGAAGUUUUUCUGAAUUCAUGGUGGUCUGCCUGCCAAAUUGAAUUGCAGUUCGUCCUGUAUUUCACCGUAAGAGAGAAGGUCACUUUUUUAUUUUUUUGGAAUGUAGAAAAAGUUCAAAAAAGGUCCUUGUAGUUUUUACAUAAAAAUUUGACUGCUCUCACACUUGGUCUGACAGUUGAUCAUAUGAAUAUCGCAUUAUAUGUGAAUGCAAACCCAGCCCUUUUUAUAGUGAACCGAACUCAGAUCAUCUCAAGAGGAGGUCUGUGUAUGGAUGUUUAUAUGAUGCAUUGUAAAUGCAAAGCUCACACACAACCACAAAUGUCCAAUUUUGAUUAAAAAAAAAGUUCCAAUUAUGUUUCUUUUACUUAUAAGACGAAAGUACUUAUCUAGUAAAAUGUCCAAGUGGCGCUUUUUCAUACACUGGAAGUAAAUGUUUUCUUUUUUUUUUAAAUGAGCUUGGAUAUUUUGCUUUAUAAGACCUUUGUUGUUCCACAUAGGGGUCUCGCCAAUAUACCAGUAUUAAUAAAAAUUAGAUAUGCAUGUUACUUUUCCAGAUACAUUGCACCUUAAGGGUCCGUUCACACAAAAUGUGUCCUAUUUAAAAAAAUAAAUAAAAAAAAAGAUACAGUGCACAGGCAUAGUUUAAAAAAAUUCACGUUGCAGAAUGUGAGGGUCUCGAGAUGUGCUUUUAAGACAUGAUACAACAGCAGUUAAAUUCAAAGCUCCAGCUUCCGGGGUCUUCUGAUUGGUCCACUGUUUUGGAACUGACAUUGAUGAGUGGCGCUGCUAGUAAAAGUGAAAAUUCUUAGACAUGGCGUCUUAAUGCAGCGCUUGUGCAAGACGCUGCAACAAUGGCCAUACACGUCCAUCUAGCAUGUUUACAUAGAAAAACAAUGGAAAAGUAGGGCAUUGGAAUGGAAAAAAACGUGUUCUGUGUGAACGGUCCCUAACACUGAUUGCCACCUAGUCAUAACAAAACAAAUAUUUUGCCAAUAAGGGAGUUUUUUGUUAGACACUCCAGUCUGGAGGAAGUGGCGAUCUACAGUCUUUGUACGCUAUUGUCUCUCUGCCUCCCUACACUAUUUAAAAUGUGAUUUAAUGGCCAAAAAAGAAAAAAAUCUAUUAUAAUAUCACUAUAAUCGUGUAGUAAAAAUCUGAGAUUUUGACAACCUAAGGGUAGCCUGACUAUGUCAGACUUCGUACUUCCGAGUUUGGUAUUACCAGGCUAACCUUAGGGCCAUUUCACACCAAGAACGAUAACUAUUACGACAACUAUAAUUAUAACUUUUUAUCUUUUUACAACGUUUUAAUAAAUCAAUGAGAAUAAUGAAAAACAAGGUGAAUCGAAGUCUACAACGAUAAAAACUACAACGAUAACGGCACAGAAGAACAGUAUUUUUGGAAUCACUUUCAGAAUGUUUUUUUUUUACAGCUAAUGAUCUCUAAAAUCAAAAUCCAUCCAACUUUGAAGAGCGUGAGCAUUUAAAUCGGCAGAUGACGUUACUGCAGUAAGCGCUUAUAAUACGCAGAACAUUAUUGUGCAUUGAUGUGGACACUAAUAUAGUGUAAUAUAUCGUAAUUAUAUCGUAAAUAUAUCGUAAAUAUAUCGUAAUUGCUAUCAUUCUUGGUGUGAAUGGGUCUAUAGUUACCCUUACGAAAAAGUCCUUUAGUUGACAAUAUAAGGGAGAGUAAACAAUGACAUUUUAAGGUUCCACAAUGGUUCCGUAUCCUCCUAAACUAAGGACUUUUCAAUCCAGCAGCAUGUACGAACUAACAGACCUUCUCCUUUUAGCUUGACAAAUAUGCACUUCAAAGUAUUCAUUGGGUAGUUCUUUACUCUGCAUGCAGUCUGAACACGGAUAUUGACCAUUCUUCCGUAAAACACAUUGCUUCCCUGGCUGUCAUUAUGGAAUAGUUUAGAGCAAACUUACAUAUUCAAAAAUAACCGUAAAUUCUCUAUUCAAAUACUAAUAAAAACAUACUGUCCUUAAUGUGAUUUUGUUAGGGGGA